CGUGUUGAUUGCCCCGCCCCAGCCGAUGAGAAUCUGGGGGUCAUUGUUAUUAUUUUGUUGAAUAGCUUUUGCUAUUAUAUUUUCGAUAUUGGUGGCCUUUCUUCUGUAUCCACUUUUGCCACAAACACGCAGGAUGAUUCCGACCGAGGAUGCGUCCGCGAGGAAGAGGGAGAUAGAGGAGAAACUAAAGCAGGUCGGUUUCAGGAAAUGGGAAGGGAAGGAAAUGGGAGAAAUCUCUAGCCAGUUAGCUAGCGUUAUUUACUAGCUAAUCUUUACAACAUUUGACUCUAGCUAUUACAUGUCGUCCUCUCUAUGCAUGUUAUAAGUGUAAUUUGUCCAAAUGAGUUUACAAGUAUACACUGCACAGUAAUACCAGACUUGACCUGUCGUAACACAGCCACUCAGAGGCGUUUUUCUUUGAUCAGCGUUCUCAGACCUGUAACGUUACACUAGGAAUGGUUGAUAAGCAGAUGUUCCAACAUAGCCAAGCUAGGCUUUAUUGUACACAUCCCUGUCCCUAUCCUGCCUCUCGGCUGCUGUUGUCAUAAUUCGUUCAUUCCCUCUAUGAAUAACAGGAACAGGAAACCCUGUCCUUCAUCCGAGAGAAUAUGGAGAAGAGUGAUCAGCUGACUAAAGGAAUGGUAUGUGGCAGGUUGGCACUCGUUUCCCACCCAAUACUCUUAGAAAUAUCAUUUCAUAUAGUUGGUGAAUACAAAAGUCAACGGUUCCUUUCCAGCCAACUAUUUCCUGACAUUGUCAUAUGUACUGUACUCUUGAAAUGUAGGCCUAGUUGUUCCACAUAAACGGUUCGUUUACUGCUGACUCUUUCUGCGACCCACUCCUGCUCCCAUGUAGGUGUCCAUCUUGUCAUCGUUUGAGAGUCGUCUGAUGCAGCUGGAGAACUCCAUCAUCCCAGUACACAAGCAGACAGAGAACCUACAGAGGCUUCAGGAGAACGUGGAUAAGACCCUGUCCUGCAUGGACCAUGUCAUCAGUUAUUACCAUGUAGCCAAGGACACUGACAAGAUCAUCAGAGAGGGGUGAGAGUCAGACUGGGCUCCAGGGACAGAGAGAGAGACUGGCAUCUAUUUACAUUUGUAAAGAAAUAAAGAUAGACAGCUGCACGCUGUUGAAUGCUCACACAGUUUUAUUGAGUGUAACGUUUUGACCCAAAAGUCUCCGUAAGGCUCUAUUUAUAUUAUCGCUCUCUACUUAACUAUUAUUCUAUUAUUCUUGGAUUUAGUCUUCCAUGAUAUGACAGUCAACAUAUUUUAUUCAGCAUUGUCCUAUUGCUGUCCUAUUGCUACCUGUGUUGGAGUAGAGAGUACUAUAAGUGGUGCUGUUAACUACUAGCUAACAGACCAAAGCUAAUACCUGGUGCUAUGUUUCUAUGUUCCAGGCCAACAGGCAGACUAGAUGAGUACCUGGCCUGCAUCGCCAAGAUCCAGAAAGCUGUUGAGUACUUUCAGGACAACAACCCAGAUAGCCCUGAGCUCAACACAGUGGUACAGUACUCAAAUAUCUCUCUCACUCGCUCUUGUUUUUCUUUCUCUCUCUUCUUUCUCUCUUCUUUCUCUCUUUCAUCCCCCCUCUCUCUCUCUCUCUCUCUCUCUCUCUCUCUUCUCUCUUUCUCUCUCUCUCUCAUCCUGUCUGUCUUUCUCUGUCACUCCCUCUAAUCUCAUUCCUCCUGUUAUCAAUAACAAUACAUUCUCAACAUUAACUACUUGUUUCACUGUACUUUUUGCUACAGAAAGCACGGUUUGAGAAGGGUAAGGAGCUGCUGGAGGCUGAGUUCCGUGGUCUGCUGACCCGCUACAGUAAGCCUGUUCCUCCCAUCUUGAUCCUGGAUGCCAUCACUGUAGAUGAGGAGCUGGAGGUUCAGGAGGAGGUGACUCUAGAACACCUCCCUGAGGCCGUACUACAGGAUAUCAUCUGUAUCUCUGGCUGGCUGGUGGAGUAUGGACGCAACCAGGGUAGAUCACCCACUCUUUACACAGUAUCACUGAUAUCUGUCCCCAGUCAUUUCUCCUUUUGUGUAGUCCCUUGGAGUACGGACACAACCAGGAUACUUGUGCUGUACAUGAAAUGCACUCACUCUUCCAUUGAUGUCCGCUUCAUGUUUGAAGGUGUCAUCGGUUACUUUUCAAAGGAUGCUGAUUCUAUUUUACAGUACAUAAGUGUAGAGCUAAUGCUAUUAUGUAGAUGUUAUGUGGAUGACAUGUUGAGGAGAGAUAACAGGGCAAUAGGAGAUUGCAGUACAGGUCACUCAGAUGAAGCCAGUGUCAGUGAGGAGGAUGAUGAUUCUGAGGAAGAUGAUUCAGUCAGCCAACAGGAAGAGCAGUAGCAGGAUGGUGGAUAGGGUCAGAUGAGAUCCCUAACAGCAUCACUCCACCUCGCCCUCUGGUACUGUAAGUUGUAGAAACAGACUAGCUCAGACUAGAUGCCCCUUCUCUCAGGGUUAGUGCUAGCUGGGAUCCUUGGGACACCCCUACCCUAAACCCUAACCUUAACCCCUACCAUAAACCUAACCAUACCCCUUACUUAACCCUAACAGUUUUCAAUUUCAACUUCAGUGGGGUGACAUCAGAGUUGGGACGUCCCAAGGAUCCCGUUUAGACUUUUCCCUUCUCACAGUCAGCACACAACAUAAUUAUGCUCAAAAGUGGUAUAGCUCAUCAGUUGAAAACAUUUUCCUUGUAUUGAUGUACUCAAAACCUACCACACCCUUGUCAAUUUCAUAAUUAUGGGUUUUAUGGUGGUUGUCGUCCAGUUUUGACCACCUCUUCUCUACCUCUGCAUACUGAUGAUUAUGCUCAACAGUUGUACUCAAAACCUGCUCCUAACAUAGAUGUAGAUUUCAUAACCAUAUUUCUGUAUGAUAGUUGUCCUCUCCUCUUGACCACAUCUCCUCUCUGCCCUGCAGACUUUAUGAACGUGUACUUCCAGAUCCGCUCCAAUCAGCUGGACCGUUCCAUCAAGGGUCUGAAAGACCACUUCCGGAAGAGUUCUGCCUCUUCUGGCAUUCUCUACUCGCCCGCCGUGCAGACCAAACGCAAGGACACGCCCACUAAGAAGGCCCCCAAGAGACCAGGUCAGUGCCCUGCUGCGGCCCGGUACACUCUGCUGUGCCUCCAUGACGGUUCAACUACAGCCAUAGCUACAGUGUCACUAUCACUCUCAUUCAUAUACUAAAAUCAUACCCACCACAAACAGGUUAAAAUCUACCACAAAUUCACAGAAUGCAUUACUUCAUCACAGUCACCACAGACAGGAAUAUACACUGAGUGUACAAAACAUUAUGCUCUUUACAUGACAGUCUGACCAGGUGAAUCCAGGUGAAAUCUAUGAUCCUUUAUUGAUGUGGCUUGUUAAAUCCAUUUCAAUCAAUGUAGAUGAAGGGGAGGAGACAGGUUAAAGAAGGAUCUUUAAGCCUUGAGACAAUUGAGACAUGGAUUGUGUAUGUGUGCCAUUCAGAGGGUGAAUGGGCAAGACAAAAGAUUGAAGUGCCUUUGAACGGGGUAUGGUAGUAGGUGCCAGGCGCACUGGUUUGAGUGUGUCAUGAACAGCAACGCUGCUGGGUUUUUCUCCCCUUCAACAGUUUCCCGUGUGUAUAAAGAAUGGUCCACCACCCAAAGGACAUCCAGCCAACUUUACACAACUGUGGGAAGCAUUGGAGUCAACAUGGGCCAGCAUCCCUGUAGAACGCUUUUGACACCUUGUAGAGUCCAUGCCACGACGCAUUAAGGCUGUUCUAAGGGCAAAAGGGGGUGCAACUCAAUAUUAGGAAGGUGUUCCUAAUAUUUUGUACACUCAGUGUAGAUAUCAACAUGAUCAAGAUAAUCUAUUAUCAUACACUGUAAUACAAUUUCAGACAGCUCACACACUUAAGAAUGUCCUUCUGGUCUGAACAUUCUGAAUCAGGUGGUUGGUUAUAGUUCCCCCUUUCUUGCGUAAUUCUAUUCUGUUUCAAGUGUCUUCCACAAUCACUGAGAGCAUGAUUCAUCAUUCUCAUUACGACUACCGAACUUCUCUAUUAUCAUCAGCCUCUUUAAUGGAUGACAGUGUCCCUCACCACCCCAAAUGGUACCCUAUUCCCUAUAUAGUACACUGCUUUUGACCAGGGUCCAUAGGGCUCUGGUCAAAAGUAGUGCACUAUGUAAGGAAUAGGGUGCCAUUUGGGACAUAGACUAUGUUCCUGUGAUUUUGCCUUCUCUCUCGUUGUCAUGACACCGACUAACCCCUCUUCCUUUCCUCUUGUUUUAUAAUCCUCAUGUGUAUUGUGAUGAUGAUGAUGCUGACAGUCUACAUCCCAGGUAAAGACAAAAGCUUUAGUGUAGUCUCUCGCUAUCGUCUUGUUACCAUCACUUGCUUCUGUUAACUGGACGCCACAUUUCACCACAAACGAGUGUGCCGUAGUCGGUGACCAGAACACCGUGAACUAGAAUCAUGCCAUCUGAUGUGGAAACAGUUAUGCUACCACUCGCCUAUUCAGAGUGAUUGAUAGUGUUUGUUGUUUUCGUCACUUAGGUUAGUUGGUCACCUCCAAUGAGGUUUCUAGAUGUAGUUGGAGACAGGAGGAAGAGGCAGACUUGACAGAAGCAUCUUGCAUGUCAUUGUUUUGACCUCCCAGUUUUGCAGUUUCUUUGGUGUUUGCCAGCAGUGUUUGGGGUGUUGUGCUUAAUCUUGUAGUUGAUGUGUGUAUUGUGACUGCUCUGCAACCAAUAUAGAACGUUAUACCGUUUUUAAAGGUAGUUUAUAGAUGUUUUAUAUUGACAAACCUGAAAAGCUAACAUUUUCUCCAUCACAAUCAGCCAAUUGCAGAACAUGAAAAUAUUUAUACUGCUUGAUUUAGAAGUAAUUUAACCACAUGGCCUGCAACAUCAGACAACAAAAUGCUCCUAUGCUAUAACAAUGCAUUUGCUACAUGGCUUACAUUCAAUUCUAUUAUAAUUUAUACUUUUUUUUAGCUCAAUAAUAGCUUACAUUGCUAGAAUUAAAAACAUCAUAGGCAAAGCAUAGGUUGAGGAAAAUAAUUGUUUCAGACAUUUCUACGUAGACAUAUUUCUUAAUCAUUAUUUCUAUUCUGUCUCCCACUUAAUUGAUAUUACUAAUAAUGCAUCACAUGCUUACUAACACACUAAUCCAAGUCAUAAUUGUGUACUGUUUAACUUGCUCUCUUUCUGUUUGUAUUAACUCAUGCUUUUGUAUGAAUCUAUAAGAUCUAAAACAUAUAACCAUGUAACAAUUUGACUCACCAAAGCUACAUUAAUGUUAUAACAGUAGUAGUGGUAGUGAAUGUCCAUAAUAACAAUGCUGAAAUGAAUGUAUUGUUCAUUCUGAUGGCUGUUUUAUUUGUUUGUAUAAUGAACCUAACCUGUACAUUCUCUUUUUGUUACCUUGCUGGUGGAGUGUGCUUCAGCUCACCCAUCAUAGUGUGUUUAUCUAGCUGUAGUUCUACAUUGUAGUUUUAGUUCUAUAUUGUAUAGUAGCGGAGCUAGGCCAUGGUUCCCAUUGCUCCGCCCCCCCCCCCCCCCCCACAUCUCUUCUCACUCCGUUCUGGGAUGAUUGGUGGUGGUGGAGGGAUGUGGUGUUGGUGUAUCUUCAUCACACUUCCUAGCUCUCGUCCUCUCGUCUCUCUUCCCCCUUUCCUACUUCGUUUCUCUAUCUUCUUUUCUUCUCUGUGGACCCCUGGAUUGUGUCUGUGUGUCACUCUGUGGGAGAAGGGACCAUUCGCAAGGCUCAGAACCUUCUCAAACAGUACUCUCAGCAUGGUCUGGAUGGGAAAAAGGGGGGCUCUAACCUCACUCCUUUGGAAGGUAACGCACCCUGGCUUUGUUGUCUUCUCUUCGAUGUCGUGCUCUCUCUCUCUCUCUCUCUCUCUUGCCAGUGUACUGGGGUUACUGGUCUGUUGCUCUUGUCCAGGUUAACUUGUUCUUUUUGUUAAACAACAGACACACAGGAACCUCUUCAGAGUCACAUUGGCUGUUAGACGCUGCAAAUAAUAUAAAAGUUAUGUUGUUUAAUGGAUACAAAUAUAGUGGUAAUUCAAAUGUUUCAUCUUCAGUAUAAGGUGAAUGUUAUAACUCCUUUUUAGCUGCCCAGAAAUAUACCACAUUUGAAAUGUAGUCUUUGGUAUCAAAACUUUACAUACAACACAUAAUACGUGUUAGAACUGCAGCAGGUCUAAAACUGGUGUGACUUUUGGCUUUCAAAGUCUUGUAAAUCUGGGUCCUGUAAAAGCUAUAACAUCCACUAACUAUCUCAGACACAGGUCAAACAAACGCACAAACACACUGGUCCCCCUGACCACCCCCUGCCCCCCAACAUGGGUGUUCUCUGCUUUCCCCGCUGGGUGCUUGGUGGUCGGUAUAUGUUUCUAGGCGAGUCCCAGGCUUACCACUCGGCCUAUAGGCCCCAGGAGUGAGCCUGGUUCCAUGACUAUACCCCCCCACCCAUCAGGUCACGAUCAUGACCAGCGGGUCAAACACCAGUCAGACGCCCUGACCGACAAGCAUGGGGCAGCAGCAGGUGAGUAAGGGGGAAGUUUGCUCCAAAAUGUCCAGUAUGGGGAACAAGAGACACCCACCAGUAUUCAAGCCCGUGGAUGUGAUACCAGUUUCAGCACACAUCCAUUGACAGCUAUGGAAGCCAAUGGAUAUGUGCUGACAGUUAAAAAGUUAGCUAUUAUUGUUUAAAAACCCUUGUCGAAUGUCAAUGGUCAUAGUAGCCAGUGGUUCCUUUCAGCUAAUAUACUGGUCAGGUAAUGUCACUUUAUAUCAAUGUGAAGUAAAUUUUCCCCUACUGCCAUUCUCCAUUUUGCUUUUGAAAUACAGUUGUGGUCAAACGUUUUCAGAAUGACACAAAUAUUGGUCUUCACAAAGUUCGCUGCUUCAGUGUUAUGAGAUAUUUUUGUCAGAUGUUACUAUGGUAUACUGAAGUAUAAUUACAAGCAUUCCAUAAGUGUCAAAGGCUUUUAUUGACAAUUACAUUAAGUUUAUGCAAAGAGUCAGUAUUUGCAGUGUUGACCCUUCUUUUUCAAGACCUCUGCAAUCCGCCCUGGCAUGCUGUCAAUUAACUUCUGGGCCACAUGCUGACUGAUGGCAGCCAAUUCUUGCAUAAUCAAUGCUUGGAGUUUGUCAGAAUUUGUGGGUUUUUGUUUGUCCACUCGCCUCUUGAGGAUCGACCACAAGUUCUCAAUGGGAUUAAGGUCUGGGGAGUUUCCUGGCCAUGGACCCAAAAUGUCGAUGUUUUGUUCCCAGAGCCACUUAGUUAUCACUUUUGCCUUAUGGCAAGGUGCUCCAUCAUGCUGGAAAAGGCAUUGGUUGUCACCAAACUGUUCUUGGAGGGUUGGGAGAAGUUGCUCUCGGAGGAUGUGUUGGUACCAUUCUUUAUUCAUGACUGUGUUCUUAGGCAAAAUUGUGAGUGAGCCCACUCCCUUGGCUGAGAAGCAACCCCACACAUGAAUGGUCUCAGGAUGCUUUACUGUUGGCAUGACACAGGACUGAUGGUAGCGCUCACCUUGUCUUCUCCGGACAAGGUGUUUUUCGGAUGCCCCAAACAAUCGGAAAGGGGAUUCAUCAGAGAAAAUGACUUUACCCCAGUCCUCAGCAGUCCAAUCCCUGUACCUUUUGCAGAAUAUCUGUCUGUCCCUGAUGUUUUUCCUAGAGAGAAGUGGCUUCUUUGCUGCCCUUCUUGACACCAGGCCAUCCUCCAAAAGUCUUCGCCUCACUGUGGGUGCAGAUGCACUCACACCUGCCUGCUGCCAUUCCUGAGCACUCUGCACUGGUGGUGCCCCGAUCCCGCAGCUGAAUCAACUUUAGGAGACAGUCCUGGCGCUUGAUGGACUUUCUUAGGCGCCCUGACGCCUUCUUCACAACAAUUGAACCUCUCUCCUUGAAGUUCUUGAUGAUCCGAUAAAUGGUUGAUUUAGGUGCAAUCUUACUAGCAGCAAUAUCCUUGCCUGUGAAGCCCUUUUUGUGCAAAGCAAUGAUGACGGCACGUGUUUCCUUGCAGGUAACCAUAGUUAACAGAGGAAGAACAAUGAUUUCAAGCACCACCCUCCUUUUAAAGCUUCCAGUCUGUUAUUCUAACUCAAUCAGCAUGACAGAGUGAUCUCCAGCCUUGUCCUCGUCAACACUCUCACCUGUGUUAACGAGAGAAUCACUGACAUGAUGUCAGCUGGUCCUUUUGUGGCAGGGCUGAAAUGCAGUGGAAAUGUUGUUUUGGGAUUAAGUUCAUUUUCAUGGCAAAGAGGGACUUUGCAAUUAAUUGUAAUUAAUCUGAUCACUCUUCAUAACAUUCUGGAGUAUAUGCAAAUUGCCAUCAUUAAAACUGAGGCAGCAGACUUCGUGAAAAUUAGUAUUUGUGUCAUUCUCAAAACUUUUGACCACGAAUAUCAUUUGGGACAAGUACAUGCCCAAUAUUUAUCUCCCUUGUUGGGGAAAACGCCAUUCAUAGAAGAGUAGCACAUCAAGUAAACAUGUUGUAAAUACACAUAUCUAGACAGUCAUAGUUCUCAGUCAGGAUUGAUGGUAUUAUUGUAACCUGCCUAAUGCCCCUGGUCCACCAAAUCCCCUCUCCACCCUGUCCCCUAACUGACCUCACCGUGUGCCCCUCAGGGAAGGAUGAUGUCCUGGACAUAGAGAUCGACUCUUACAUCCACUGCAUCAGUGCAUUUGUGAAGCUGGCCCAGAGCGAAUACGCCCUGCUCACAGAGAUCAUCCCUGAACACCACCAGAAGAAGACCUUUGACUCCCUCAUACAGGUCAGGCCUCCGCCUCAGACAGGCAAACGACAGGCCAUUAUCAUUUUACAUUUUUUUUUUUUUUUUGGUUGCCUCCCUUUUCAUAUGUCAGAUGAGGACAGUAAUAUCAUAGUGCACUGUAUGGUCAGGUCACAACCAAAGACAGGCAAACAAUAGGCAUUUCUUACCCAGAAGAAGAAGAAUAUAACAUGAUCUAUGGUCUCCUGAGUUUACCGUGUCUGUGCAAAUAACAAGAUUGUGUUCAAAGAGAGAAUGUUGUCAAAUCAAAGGUUUAUUGCACAGAAUACAGGGUGUAAACGGAACAGUGAAAUACUUACGUGCAAGCUCUCCUCAACAGUACAAAAAUAAGUAAUAAAAAGUAGUAAAAUGAAGUAAAAUAGGAAUGUUGACAGUGGCAUGAAGUACUGGCUCUGACAUUGGCUCUCUGAUAGAAUGUACAGUGAAGCUGAUUCCUCCUGUGACUGUGUCUGGUCUCCUGUGUCUUAGGAAGCCCUGGACAACCUGAUGCUGGAGGGCGACAACAUAGUGGCGGCAGCACGGCGGGCCAUCAUGAGACACGACUACUCUGCUGUCCUCACCAUUUUCCCCAUCCUCAGGCACCUGAAACAGACCAAGCCUGACUUUGACUCCACGCUCCAGGUAAUGUAGCCUACAGGCCUCACUUAAGCAGACAUAUGAAUUGACAAGAAACUAUCUGAAAUGUAAUGCCAAAGCCAAUUUUCCGUUGGACAAAAAAUUGAAUUGUAUUAAAAAGAUUAAGGAUAUUGUUUUUUUAAUGAUAUAAUUUACCUUUUCCCUUCAUGGUAUGUAUCUACAGGGCACAGCUGCCAGUACAAAGAACAAGCUGCCUACCCUCAUCACCUCCAUGGAGACUAUCGGAGCCAAAGCCCUGGAGGAGUUUGCAGACAGCAUCAAGGUAAGAGCAACUACCCUCCACCGAUAACCCCUUAGCUCUUUCAUCCCUACUAUACACAGCUUGAACCCAUUAACAAACUAUUCCUAAACUAUUUAUAGUAUAAUAUGUAUGGACAUUCAAUAGGACCAGCAUCUCCUAGUGUUCUUGUAAGAGAGAAAAAAUAUUGAAGACAAAUUUGUCUAUCACUCUUUUCUAUUACAGAAUGACCCUGACAAGGAGUACAACAUGCCCAAGGAUGGAACGGUCCAUGAGCUCACCAGCAACGUAAACAAACACCCUCCCUCUUGACAUACAGUCUGGAGUUUAUAUAGUGGUAUAUGUUGCUGUUAGCCUCUCCAUGUCACAUCCCGUCAUCCCUUACAUAGUUCCUCACCCUGGUCUCUCUCUCUCUCUCUUCCCCAGGCCAUCCUGUUCCUUCAGCAGCUGCUGGACUUCCAGGAGACAGCCGGAGCCAUGCUGGCCUCUCAAGGUAGGGAGGGCUGAGUGGACUGUCCCGUCUAGGGCCUGGGGCCCGUCCCAAAAAGCACCCUAUUCCCUAUAUGGUCCACUACUUUUGACCAGGGCCCAUAUGGUUGUGUUCAAAAGUAGCGCACCAAAUAGGGAAUAGGGUGCCAUUUGGGACAGGCCCCAGGUCUGCUGUUAGUGUCCACCAGCUUCCGUCUGUCCGUUGUUUGUCUGUUCUGCAACGGUAGUAGUAGACCAUCCCAUCUUUGUCGGAGAAGUCCCCAUGUAUCCACCAACUGAUGUUUGUAAUAGAAACUAGACAUCCUCCUCCUCUCCAGUUACGUCACAUCAGCAUUUCUCUCCUCCAGAGUUCUUUCUGGUCCUACUUCCUCUGCCUGUGUCUGUGACUUCCUCUAAUGUGUUGCUGACUUGAACUCAUCACUUCCUUCACCUCUUCCUCUCCUCUUCCUCUUCCUCUUCUUCACCUCGUCCUCACCUUUGCUGCUGCACUGCCUUUCUCUGCCUCUAGAGGGAGGCCGUAGACACUCCAUAAACUGUACUAUGGACUGGCUGUUCACUUUCUAGGGAGUAUCUGGGUAACCAUUUCUUCCUCAAUGGCCAAAUAUAUCAGCAUUUGAACCCUUAGAGAGGGUAAGAUAUGGACCGUCAUAAUGAGACCAAUCCUACCAGUAAUAAGGAUGAAAAGGGUCCCCCACUGCCCGGGUUAGUCCGUCCCUCAUGCAUCCCGGUACCAUGACCCUAUACCCUAUACCCUCACCCCAUGCCCCUUAUCCAUAAACCACCAUACUCCCUACCUAUCGCUGUCUGGCUGUUAACAGUACUUUGCUUACUCUGCACUAACAGAUCUUUUCUAACCUUUUGCACUUUGCUUCUCUCAUCUUUUCUCUCUCUCCUUUUUUCUCUUUUGCCUUGCCUUAAAGUACUGGGGGACACGUACAAUAUCCCUUUAGACCCCCGAGGUAAGCAAACACAAGACAGGUUUCACAGGUGCUUCACUACCAGAGGAGUAGGGAAGGACAGAGUCAUUAAUGCGUUUCUGAAUGCAUGAAUGGUCUCAGGUUUUUAUCAACAUGUUGUUUAGGAUUUAGUUCAUGGAUGCGUAAUGUUACAGAAAACCCACUGACAGAAGUACAUCAAUAGUAAGUAUGGGUAGUAGUAUUGCAUCCUUAUGUGAUUGUGAAGGCUGUGGAACAUGGAUCAUGCUACUGAGGCGCUUACAGUAUUAUGGAAAUUGCGUUGUUCAUGUUACCAUGGAAACACAGCCAGCCAGUCACAUUCUCCCAUAUAUUUUAAAUUACAAUUUUAAUUAAACUUUCGCCUCUAAUGAAAUAAGUUGUUUGAACAGGAAUAAAAAAUAUAAUAAUUGAAAUCCCAAAAGAGAUCAUGGGAGAUUAACAGAAAGAUGAUAUGAUAUUGUAUCCCAGUUGAGGGAUUAGCAGUAACACAGUGGAUUAUGUAUCUCAACGGUUAUCGAUAGAUCUUAUGUUAACGCUGUUUUACAAUCUGCAGAGACCAGUUCGUCAGCCAGCAGCUCUGAGUUCAGUAGGAGACUUCUCAGCACCUACAUAUGUAAGUUUAGGAAGUAAAGAUACAUUUGUACAUGUGUAUGUUAAUAAAGAAAAUCAAAAGCUUAAUUAAAGGUAGACUCAGCGUUUUAACGUUGCUACGAGCAGCACCGCAGUUAUUGCAAUGAACGCGAUGCAAGAUUUUGCUCUCACACGGUCCCACAGAGUAUCUGCGCAUGUGCAAGAGUUUGCUUCACGCUGCUACAGGGUGGUUGCUACGGGACCAAAACAGCGGAGAAGGUUAGCCUUCGUGCUUCAACGCUCUUAGUUGUUGCGGAAAUUGACUACUGCUGUUUAAUUUGUGCAUCUACGUCAUCUCGCUGAGUCUACCUUUAAGUAAAGAUACAUGCUGUAUGUAAUCCAUCUGUACAGUAGCUACAGUUGAAGUCGGAAGUUUACAUACACUUAGGUUGGAGUCAUUAAAACUUGUUUUUCAACCACUCCACAAAUUUAUUUUUAACAAACUAUAGUUUUGGCAAGUCGUUUAAGACCUCUACUUUGUGCAUGCACAAGUAAUUUCUCCAAUAAUUGUUUACAGACAGAUUAUUUCACUUAUAAUUCACUAUAUCACAAUUCCAGUGGGUCAGAAGUUUACAUACACUAAGUUGACUGUGCCUUUAAACAGCUUGGAAAAUUCCAGAAAAUGAUGUCAUGGCUUUAGAAGCUUCUGAUAGGCUAAUUGACAUAAUUUGAGUCAAUUGGAGGUGUAGCCGUGGAUGAAUUUCAAGGCCUACCUUCAAACUCAGUGCCUCUUUGCUUAACAUCAUGGGAAAAUCAAAAGAAAUCAGCCAAGACCACAGAAAAUUUUUUGUAGACCUCUACAAGUCUGGUUCAUCCUUGGGAGCAAUUUCCAAAUGCCUGAAGGUACCACGUUCAUCUGUACAAACAAUAAUACGCAAGUAUAAACACCAUCGGUCCACGCAGCCGUCAUACCGCUCAGGAAGGGGACGCGUUCUGUCUCCUAGAGAUGAACGUUCUUUGGUGCGAAAAGUGCAAAUCAAUCACAGAACAACAGCAAAGGACCUUGUGAAGAUGCUGGAGGAAACAGGUACAAAAUUAUCUAUAUCCACAGUAAAACAAGUCCUAUAUCGACAUAACCUGAAAGGCCGCUCAGCAAGGAAGAAGCCACUGCUCCAAAACCGCCAUAGAAAAGCCAGACUACGGUUUGCAACUGCACAGCGGGAUAAAGAUCAUACUUUUUGGAGAAAUGUCCUCUGGUCUGAUGAAACAAAAAUAGAACUGUUUGGCCAUAAUGACCAUCGUUAUGUUUGGAGGAAAAAGGGGUCGGCUUGCAAGCCGAAGAACACCAUCCCAAUCGUGAAGCACGGGGUGGCAGCAUCAUGCUGUGGGGGUGCUUUGAUACAGGAGGGACUGGUGCACUUCACAAAAUAGAUGUCAUCAUGAGGAAUGAAAAUUAUGUGGAUAUAUUGAAGCAACAUCUCAAGACAUCAGUCAGGAAGUUAAAGCUUGGUCGCAAAUGGGUCUUCCAAAUAGACAAUGACCCCAAGCAUACCUCCAAAGUUGUGGCAAAAUGGCUUAAGGACAACAAAGGUCAAUGUAUUGGAGUGGCCAUCACAAAGCCCUGACCUCAAUCCUAUAGAAAAUGUGUGGGCAGAACUGAUAAAGCGUGUGUGAGCAAGGAGGCCUACAAACCUGACCCAGUUACACCAGCUCUGUCAGGAGGAAUGGGCCAAAAUUCACCCAACUUAUUGUGGAAGGCUACCCGAAACGUUUGACCCAAGUUAAAUGAUUUAAAGGCAAUGCUACGAAAUACUAAUUGAGUGUAUGUAAACUUUUGACCCACUGGGAAUGUGAUGAAAGAAAUAAAAGCUGAAAUAAAUCAUUCUCUCUACUAUUAUUCUGACAUUUCUUAAAAUAAAGUGGUGAUCCUAACUGACCUAAGACAGGGAAUUUUUACUAGGAUUAAAUGUCAGGAAUUGUGAAAUACUGAGUUUAAAUGUAUUUGGCUAAGGUGCAUGUAAACUUCUAACUUCAACUGUAUAUAAAGGACAGAGCUUUGAAUUGUUUUGGUAUCAUUUAUCUCUGUCACAUUAUUUCACUUUUCUCCAAGACAAACGUCCCCUCGAGGACAAUAAAGUUAAACUUAUAUCUUAUAUUAUAUCUCCAUAAUGAGAUGAAUCAAAUGUGCAAACAGUUGGAACAAACCAAGCACAGUUUACGAAUGUCCUUGGCUCUGAUUCUGAAUCUGGUUCGCUUCUCUCUCAGGUAAAGUGUUGGGGAACCUGCAGCUGAAUCUUCUCAGUAAAUCCAAGGUGUACGAGGACUCUGCUCUGAGUGCCAUCUUCCUCCACAACAACUACAACUACAUCCUCAAGUCCCUGGAGAAGUAGACCCCCGCUAUCCCCUUAUUAUCACACCAACAUGCCUGCACGACCUCACACACAAACCAUUUCAAUUGAUAUCUUUCAAAACUACUAGUAACUCGAUUGAUAUCAGCUACUCAAACGUAUAUAGCCUACAGUAAACACAAAUCAACAAACGCAUUGCCACGGACCCAAACACCUUUUCUAACGCAGAUGCCCAGGCAGAGAAUUGAUAUGCCACAAAGCAAGAAUAUACUUUGUCAUAGUCACAUCUUAUUUUAACCAUAUUACCGUGUGUGUGCGUGUCCUUCCCUCAGGUCUGAGCUGAUCCAGCUGGUGACGGUGACUCAGAAGAAGGCAGAGAGUUCAUACAGAGAGCUGAUAGAACAGCAGAUCCAGAUAUACCAGCGCAGGUAAAUACAUCAUGGGCUGAAGGGCAUCAGGGUACGCUCUCAUUUACAGCUACAGCAUGUUCCUGAAUCUCUAGCUAGUACCUGCACUACGUAAACUAUCUCCUGUGAUCGUACAUAACAUGCUAUGCUAUGAGUAAGCUCUUAACCUUUUCUGUUGUUUUGUCUUGCUUUUCUUUAGCUGGUACAAGGUCACAGAGCAUAUUAUGGACCGGAACAUGCCUGCCUUCCAACCGGGAACCAAGGUGAGACCGUUUACUUGAUAUGCGUACGUACACUGAGUGUACAAAACAUUAUGAACAACUGCUCUUUCCAUGACAGACUGACCAGGUGAAUCCAGGUGAAAGCUAUGAUUGCCCUUAUUGAUGUCACUUGUUAAAUCCAGUUCAAUCAGUGUAGAUGAAGGGGAGGAGACAGGUUAAAGAAGGAUUUUUAAGCCUUGAGACAAUUGAGACAUGGAUUGUGUAUGUGUGCCAUUCAGAGGGUGAAUGGGCAAGACAAAAGAUUUAAGUGCCUUUGAAAGGGGUACAGUGGGGAAAAAAAGUAUUUAGUCAGCAACCAAUUGUGCAAGUUCUCCCACUUAAAAAGAUGAGAGAGGCCUGUAAUUUUCAUCAUAGGUACACGUCAACUAUGACAGACAAAAUGAGGAAAAAAAUUCCAGAAAAUCACAUUGUAGGAUUUUUAAUGAAUUUAUUGGCAUAUGAUGGUGGAAAAUAAGUAUUUGGUCAAUAACAAAAGUUUCUCAAUACUUUGUUAUAUACCAUUUGUUGGCAAUGACACAGGUCAAACGUUUUCUGUAAGUCUUCACAAGGUUUUCACACACUGUUGCUGGUAUUUUGGCCCAUUCCUCCAUGCAGAUCUCCUCUAGAGCAGUGAUGUUUUGGGGCUGUCGCUGGGCAACACAGACUUUCAACUCCCUCCAAAGAUUUUCUAUGGGGUUGAGAUCUGGAGACUGGCUAGGCCACUCCAGGACCUUGAAAUGCUUCUUACGAAGCCACUCCUUCGUUGCCCGGGCGGUGUGUUUGGGAUCAUUGUCAUGCUGAAAGACCCAGCCACGUUUCAUCUUCAAUGCCCUUGCUGAUGGAAGGAGGGUUUCACUCAAAAUCUCACGAUACAUGGCCCCAUUCAUUCUUUCCUUUACACGGAUCAGUCGUCCUGGUCCCUUUGCAGAAAAACAGCCCCAAAGCAUGAUGUUUCCAACCCCAUGCUUCACAGUAGGUAUGGUGUUCUUUGGAUGCAACUCAGCAUUCUUUGUCCUCCAAACAUGACGAGUUGAGUUUUUACCAAAAAGUUAUAUUUUGGUUUCAUCUGACCAUAUGACAUUCUCCCAAUCCUCUUCUGGAUCAUCCAAAUGCACUUCAGACGGGCCUGGACAUGUACUGGCUUAAGCAGGGGGACACGUCUCGCACUGCAGGAUUUGAGUCCCUGGCGGCGUAGUGUGUUACUGAUGGUUGGCUUUGUUACUUUGGUCCCAGCUCUCUGCAGGUCAUUCACUAGGUCCCCCCGUGUGGUUCUGGGAUUUUUGCUCACCGUUCUUGUGAUCAUUUUGACCCCACGGGGUGAGAUCUUGCGUGGAGCCCCAGAUCGAGGGAGAUUAUCAGUGGUCUUGUAUGUCUUCCAUUUCCUAAUAAUUGCUCCCACAGUUGAUUUCUUCAAACCAAGCUGCUUACCUAUUGCAGAUUCAGUCUUCCCAGCCUGGUGCAGGUCUACAAUUUAGUUUUUGGUGUCCUUUGACAGCUCUUUGGUCUUGGCCAUUGUGAAGUUUGGAGUGUGACUGUUUGAGGUUGUGGACAGGUGUAUUUUAUCUGAUAACAAGUUCAAACAGGUGCCAUUAAUACAGGUAACGAGUGGAGGACAGAGGAGCCUCUGAAAGAAGAAGUUACAGGUCUGUGAGAGCCAGAAAUCUUGCUUGUUUGUAGGUGACCAAAUACUUAUUUUCCACCAUAAUUUGCAAAUAAAUUCAUAAAAAAUCCUACAAUGGGAUUUUCUGGAUUUUUUUUCCUCAAUUUGUCUGUCAUAGUUGACGUGUACCUAUGAUGAAAAUUACAGGCCUCUCUCAUAUUUUUAAGUGGGAGAACUUGCACAAUUGGUGGCUGACUAAAUACUUUUUUUCCCCACUGUAUGUUAGUAGGUGCCAGGCGCACCGGUUUGUUUCAAGAACUGCAACGCUGCUGGGUUUUUCACAGUCAAAAGUUUCCCAUGUGUAUCAAGAAUGGUCCACCACCCAAAGGACAUCCAGCCAACUUGACACAACUGUGGGAAGCGUUGGAGUCAACAUGGGCCAGCAUCCUUGUGGAAUGCUUUCGACACCUUGUAGAAUCCAUGCCCCGACGAAUUGAGGCUGUUAUUAGGAAGGAGUUCUUAAUGUUUUGUACACUCAGUGCUGUGCACAUUUGCUAUUUUAUCUGUACGUGUGAAGUAAAUGGCCUUCCAUAUGUUCCCUCUCACCAGCUGAAAGACAAAGAGCGUCAGGUGAUCAAAGACAAGUUUAAGGUAAGAUAACCAACAGCGUACAGGUAACACAAAACAAAUUCAAUCCCUACCAAGGAUAUACCGAGGAUUCAAGAGUGAUGAAUUGGAUACUGUAAAUGUGCCAACAUAUCAGUUAAAAUGCCUUCAAUUUAAUCUCUAGAUCCAUGAACGUAUGGUUUAAACGUAUGCUUAUGGACUGACCUCUUGCUCUCUUGGUUGACCUGUAGGGAUUCAACGACGGUCUGGAGGAGCUGUGUAAGAUCCAGAAGGUGUGGGCCAUCCCAGACAAGGAGCAGAGAGACGCCAUCCGCCAUGCCCAGAGGAGAGUGGUGUCGGAGGCCUACAGGGCCUUCCUACAGAGGUGAGUCAUAAGCACCACCACUACUGUGACAUCAGUGUUACUCCCCCUCUCUCACUUAUUGUUAAGGAUGGUAACCAUUGUAAAUUGUAGGAAAUGUGUUUAUUUUCUGCGUUUAUCUUCUGUUAGUCAGAACCUCGCUAAAAGGGUUUCCUUUCUCUCCGCAGCUCAGUUAGAAAGGACGGCUGUAAAUGUACACAAAACAUUGUAAUUUAUGAAUGUUGAAUUCUUUCACAGAUACGCCAACAUUUCGUUCACUAAAAACCCUGAGAAAUAUCACAAGUAUCGUCCAGAGCAGGUGGAGGAGAUGAUCGAGAGGCUGUUUGAUACCUCAGCCUAAGCCACGCCCACUGACCAUGCCCAAUUGACCACGCCCAUCAAGUAACCACACCCCCAACCCUCAUAACACUCAGCUCAACCUCCUGGGUCCCCUACAACUAGGGCUUGUUCAGGAGGAUGUAACGUUCACAUAGAAAUGCAUUGUGUAGAACAGAUAUGAUUGUCUGUCAGAUAAAAUAGGGAAUUGUCACCUCUAUUCAUUCUAUUUAUAUCUGCAACAUUUGGAAAGUUUUACUGAAUAAACCCCUGAGCUCCUGCCUCCCCUGAGACACCCACUGCCCUAUGGGUGUCUCAUACUUUAUGCUAUUUUUUUUAUAUAAUAAUGUAUUUAUAUGUAAUUUACUUGUUGUCCCCCAAUCAAUGAGCAUCUCAAUCUAAUAAAGCAAAGUCUGUGAUUUGCGAUGAUGUUGUUAUUGUUUUGUUGGAGGUGGGUAAUGCAAUUACAUAACAGUACAGUACAGUAGCUACAUGUCAGUGUGUUGUGUAACAACAACUAAUCUAAUUGAAAAGCUAUCAGAUGUG